UGCUACUAUUCCCCAUUGGCCAAUACGCGACUACUGUAUUUUUACGUUAAUAAUUGUUUUAGCCAUUUCAACGUCGUUUCAGCAAUAAAAAUGACUUCUCACGAUAACAUUUUCGAGGAAAAAAUAUGUAAGAGAUUAGAUCAUUGCGUUUCUGAUGUUGUAAUAAAAGGAUGUGGAGGCGUUAUUAUUGGAUCUGCUGUAUCUUUCUUAAUUUUAAAGAGACGAGCAUGGCCUGUAUGGCUCGGUGCUGGAUUUGGAAUGGGCAUCGCUUAUAGGACGUGUGAAAAGGAUUUAAACUCUUUAAAAUAAACCUUUCGAGGUCUUACGUGUUUUGAAUUAGAUGAAUUUUUGGAUAUAUCGAACAUAAUAAAUAUAAUAUAUUC